AUGACUUCUCCUCGGCAUCUCCAUCUUGUUGUAGUUCGACUCAUCAUCCGCUAUCUUCAAGGUUCACCUACUCGUGGGUUGUUCUUUCCUACCGGCUCAUCUCUUCAACUUGUUGCCUAUAGUGAUGCUGAUUGGGGUGGGUGUCCAGAUACACGUCGAUCUACUACGGGUUGGUGUAUGUUUUUAGGUGAUGCCUUAAUUUCUUGGAGAUGUAAGAAACAAGAUCGUGUUUCUAAAUCCUCUACUGAGGCCGAGUAUCUUGCCAUGUCUAUUGCUUGUUCUGAAAUUGUAUGGCUACGCGGUCUUCUUAAGGAGCUUGGGUUUCCUCAGACUACUUCUACACCUCUUCAUGUUGAUAACACUAGUGCUAUUUAG